AUGCUUUUCUGCCAGGUGCACGAGGCGAUGGUGGAGGCGGGGGCGUACCCGUCGCCCCUAAACUAUUACAACUUCCCCAAGAGCGUGUGCACCAGCAUCAACGAGGUGAUCUGCCACGGCAUCCCUGACCAGCGGGAGCUGCAGGACGGGGAUAUCGUGAACGUCGACGUGACGGCCUUCAUCGGCGGCUGGCACGGGGACCUGAACGAGACCUUCUGCGUGGGCAAGGUUGAUGACGUCAGCAAGAGCCUGAUCAAGGUGACGCACGACGCCAUGAUGCAGGCCAUCGCCGCCUGCAAGCCGGGCGUGCGCUUCCGUGACAUGGGCGACAUCAUCAGCCGCCAUGUCAACAACAACGGCUUUUCGGUGGUCAAGACGUACUGCGGCCACGGCAUCGGGGACCUGUUCCACUGCGCCCCCAACAUACCGCACUACGCGCACAACAAGGCGGUGGGGGUGAUGAAGGAGGGCAUGGUGUUCACUAUCGAGCCCAUGGUCAAUGUGGGCACGUGGCGGGACGCCAUGUGGCCGGACGGCUGGACGGCGGUCACCGCGGACGGGAAGCGCAGCGCCCAGUUCGAGCACCAGAUUGUCAUCACCGCGACCGGCGCCGACAUUCUUACCAAGCGGCUGCCGACAUCGCCGCCGCUGUGGUGGGAGGAUGGCGCGGGCGUCAAUGGCGUUGUUGGGGAGGCGUGA